CUCUUUUGUGCAAAUAUUCCCUUCCAUUUGAUAAACAAUGGCUUCUAACACUCUCAACCUCAUUGCCAUCCUCUCCCUUACUAUCUCAACCCUCUUAUCUUUGUAUCCUCCACCAGCCUUCUCAUUCCAAAUGGAAGAUUUCGACGGCGAGGAAGAAUAUGUGCUCGAUCAUCCUGUCAUUAUCCCUAACCUUCGAUCAAGAAGCCGGUUCUUAAAGACCUCGCCGACGAAAGAUAAGAUCAGGAAAGGUGCCGAUUGUGAUCCUCACCCUUCUCUAAACAUAUGCAAGGGUAUUUCCGCAAACAACGGGACCAGUCUACUGUAUUGCUGUAAGACGCAUUGUCGUAACGUGCUUAGUGAUCGGAACAACUGCGGAAAAUGUGGCAACCGGUGCGAGUUCGGGCAACGUUGCUGCGGUGGAGUUUGUACUAAUGUUGCUAACAACGUCAACCACUGUGGCAAAUGUGGCAAUCAGUGCUCGUCUGGAGUUCAGUGUGAUAAUGGAUUUUGUGGUUAUGCUUAGGUCUAAGUAUUAUAAUGGUUUUUAUCAAAAUAUAUUUGCCAAUCGAAAAUGCUUUGUCUAGGGGCCGUUUUGAUUAUGAAUAACACUUCGUUAUCUACAUGUAUUUUUGUAUAAUGGGGGGAGAAUAUACACAUAUUUUAUGGUGCUGUAAUUGAUUUUAGUCAUGGUUUUUAUAUAUGUUAUACGAUAUUUUCUUUUAAAUUUAAAGU